AUGGCUCCCCGUGCUGCCUCACCCGCAGAAUCGGAGGUCGAGUUCGACAUCACAAAAUCCCUUUUUGAACAUGACAGCGAUUCCGAUGACGGCGCAAAGCCACCCCCCAAGAAAAAGCCCCAGAAGCCCGAUACCCACCAAGAUCUUGACUUUUUAAACGAAGACGACGGCGAUGCGGCUUUCAUUGCGAACUCGCAGGCGUCCGCCAACCGAAAGGGCGCAAAUCUCAAGGGCCGUACGGUGAAGAAGGGUGGUGGUUUCCAGGCAAUGGGUCUCAGCAUGAGUCUGCUGAAAGCGAUCACCCGCAAAGGAUUUUCCGUGCCUACCCCGAUUCAGCGAAAGACUAUUCCCAUGAUCAUGGACGACAAGGAUGUGGUUGGUAUGGCUCGAACUGGUUCCGGAAAGACUGCCUCGUUUGUUAUUCCUAUGAUUGAGAAGUUGAAGAGCCAUAGCACCUCGUUCGGUGCACGUGCUCUUAUCAUGUCCCCAUCCCGUGAAUUGGCUCUACAAACCAUGAAGGUCGUUAAGGAGAUGGGCAAGGGAACAAAUUUGACAUCGGUGCUUCUCAUUGGUGGUGACAGUCUGGAAGAUCAGUUCGGCAUGAUGGCCAACAACCCCGAUAUCAUCAUCGCAACACCCGGUCGAUUCCUGCACUUGAAGGUCGAAAUGGACAUGGAUCUUUCUAGCAUCAAGUAUGUUGUCUUCGAUGAAGCCGACAGACUGUUCGAAAUGGGUUUCGCCGCACAGUUGACCGAGAUUUUGCACGGCCUGCCCACGAACCGCCAGACUCUUCUCUUUUCCGCUACAUUGCCCAAGUCGCUUGUCGAAUUUGCUCGUGCUGGUCUCCAAGAGCCAAGUCUAAUUCGUCUGGACAUCGAGAACAAAGUUUCUCCGGAUCUACAAAAUGCCUUCUUUGCUGUGAAGUCGGCAGAUAAAGAAGGUGCCCUACUACAUAUUUUGCAUAACAUUAUCAAGAUGCCUACCGGUGAGACAUAUAUUGGCGGGAGAUUACGCCAAGAAGCCGAGAACCCGACAAGGAAGCGCAAGAGAUCGGAUGUCCGUCUCCCGAGCGGCUUCAAGGAGUCACCUACCGAGCACUCAACUAUUGUGUUCGCUGCAACCAAGCAUCACGUCGACUACCUCUACUCUCUUCUCACCGAGGCAGGGUUUGCCACCUCUUACGCCUACGGUUCCCUGGAUCAGACUGCUCGUAAUCACCAUGUUCAAAACUUCCGAUCCGGAAUCUCAAAUAUCCUAGUCGUCACCGAUGUGGCCGCCAGAGGUAUUGAUAUUCCUGUUCUUGCCAACGUCAUCAACUACGAUUUCCCCUCACAGCCCAAGAUCUUCAUUCACCGUGUCGGUCGUACGGCUCGUGCAGGCCAAAAGGGUUGGAGUUACAGUCUUGUUCGCGACAAAGAUGCCCCGUAUCUUCUGGAUCUUCAGCUGUUCUUGGGACGCAGGUUGGUCCUCGGUCGUCAGUAUGGCACUGAAGUCAACUUUGCAGAGGAUGUUGUCGUGGGAACGCUGCCGAGAGAGGCAAUCUCUCGCACUUGCGAAUGGGUACAGAAGGUGCUCGACGAUGAUAUAGAUAUUUACGGACAAAAGGGAGUGUCUCAAAAGGGAGAGAAGCUAUAUCUGCGCACCCGCAACUCGGCUUCUGCCGAGAGUGCCAAACGGGCCAAGGAUGUUGUGUCUUCUGAUCACUGGGCUGAGAUUCACCCGCUCUUCAAUGAUGCAACCACUGAGAGGGAAGUAGAGCGAGAGAGUAUGCUGGCCCGCAUUGGUGGUUACCGCCCACAUGAAACGAUUUUCGAGGCGAACAACCGACGAGGCGGCAAAGUGGCUGACAACGAGGCCGUUGACACCAUUCGCCGACUCCGCACUAGUGUCGAGAACAAGAGAAAGCGAGCGGAUGCCAAAGCAGAGGCCGAGUUGGCAGCGCUUGGAAUGCCCACUCCCGGCCCGGAUGGUCAAGUGGAGGACGAGGACAUCCCCGAGCAUGCCGGCGAGAACAUGUCAGACGCAUCCGACGAUGACCUCGAAGUCACUUUCUCUGCGUACAACUCCAAGUCCAAGCAAGGCGAGAAAAAAGACGCAGCAGCAGCAUUCCAGAACCCGGAUUAUUUCAUGGGCUACACACCUCAGCACAACGACAUGGCCGAAGAUAAGGCUUACGGUGUGCACUCGGGUACCAACUCGAACUUUGCCAGCGACUCCCGCAACGCGACUAUGGACCUCAACGGCGACGAAGGCAAGCGCGGGUUCGGCGAAGCGCGUUCCAUCAUGCGCUGGGACAAGCGACACAAGAAGUACGUUGCCCGCCAGAACGACGAGGACGGUUCCAAGGGCAGCCGACUCGUGCGCGGCGAGAGUGGAGCCAAGAUCGCCGCCAGUUUCCGCAGCGGUCGCUUCCAGGCCUGGAAGAAGGGCAAGCGCGUUGAUCGGAUGCCUCGUGUUGGCGAGGCCGAGACGCCUAAUAUGAACAACGUCAACUCGCGCAUGAGCAGUGGCCGAUUCCGACACAGCCAGGACCGGGCGCCUAAGCGGGCCGAUCCUCUGCGUGGCGACUACGACAAGAUGAAGAAGAAGAACGACGCGGCGCGCGAACGCCAGCACGAUAAGCUUGGUGGAGCGGCAUACGGCGGAAAGAGCGAACUUCGGUCUACGGAGGAUAUUCGCAAGGCGCGGAAGCAGGUGCAACAGCGUCGCGAUAAGAAUGCCCGGCCGUCGAAGAGACGCUAG